GAGAGGGAGAGAGAGAAUUGCUAAAAGAAAUUACUCCCUAGCUGGGGACAUGCAUUGAAGAAAAGAAAAAAAGAACAAAAAGAGAAAAAAAAAUAAGGACAGAGAAGAACUUUGUAAUUAAAAAGAUUUUUAUGUUCUCUCUGUCUCUUUCACGUUUAGGCUUAGCCAUUGUUGUUCAUCUCUCCGAAUGCCUCAGCAUCAUUCAGGUCAAUUAUGGCGACUAUUAAGCAAGGAGCGAGGCAAUCAACAGGAAAAUUCUGUUUCAGAGAUAGCAAUGUUAUUAUUUGAGUUUUGCAGCCUCCUUUAUGCGAAUUUGAGUUUUUCAAAUUCUCUUGUUAGAAUUCAUGGUGCUACACCGAUCCGACGAAUCAGUUUCCACAAUCAAGCACAACAAACAAUGGCUGCUCUUAUCCUUGUUAGAAUUUAUGGUUCUACACCGGUCACACGAAUCAGAUUCCGCAGUCAAGCGCAACAAACAAUGGCUGCAUGUAUUUCAAGUGGAUCAAGAUAUUGCUGAUUUGAACCAAAGAAAGGAUAGUGAAUACAACAACAUCUAAGAGAAGACAAUGGUUGAAAGGAGGAUAUAUCUGAUUAAUAGCUAGCUAUAAUCGAUGGACUGCUUAAUUUUAUGAACAAAACUGAGAUUGAGGAAAUUGUAAGAAGCCUUUGAGAAAUUUUAUAUGCUUGAGUUAAAUGAUGAGAUUAUUAUUGCCGUUUGAAGUAGUGAACUACCUAGAAUUUA